AUGGCUAGUGCUAACCCUUUCCAAAAGAACGCCAGUGAGUAGUUUGCUCUGCGUCAGAAGCGCCAUCAUGCGCUCCUCCUCCUCAGCAGUCACCUGGCAAGCUUCGAUCUGCAGCACCGAGUGCUCCGCCGCAUCACUAGGUAGACACUGCAUGCUGACUGAUUCUGAAUCUUCGAUUUGCAGACUUGUUGGCCCCGUACAUGCAGCUGGACCAACGUGGUGAGUAGCCUAUCUAGAGGUUUGAGCUCGAGCUGUCCGCUGAUGAGCAUCCUUGUUACUUCGCCCAGGCAAGGUCCAAGCUGAGUACAUCUGGAUCGAUGGAAUUGGUGAGCAUCUGAAAGUCCUCGCGCUCUUCUGUGGGCUCGUGUGAUACGCUACAUAAGCUUCGGCUGGGGACGCUAGAUAAGAUAGGGUCGCCGAAGCCCACAUUAUGAACAACAGCUUGAAGGGCGCACCGACAAGGCUGGCUUGUGGGCGUGUCGCCUGCUUUGAGUCGCUUCAGAAGUUUGAAUCGAUGAGCUGAUUCUGCAAAUCUCAACUUUUACAGGCGAGAUCCGCUCCAAGACCACAGUGAGAUCACACGCGCAAAUUAGCAGCCGUAAAGAGGAUCUAACGCAUUCUUGUCCUGUGCUGCGCAGACGCUCGACUCUAAGGUGAAGUCUCUUCAAGAACUAAAGGAGUGGAACUUUGACGGAUCCUCCACCGGUGAGCACGAGGCGCAGCAGACGCAAGGGGCCCCCGGACCGGCCACGCUGAUGAUGGAUAAUUUACCCCUUCACCAUAUAGAGCAAGCCCCCGGUGGCAAUUCUGAUGUGUACCUGCGCCCCGCUGCGUACUACCCCGACCCUUUCCGCGGAGGCGACAACAUCAUUGUUCUUGCGGAGUGCUGGAACAACGAUGGUACCCCCAACAAGACCAACCACCGCCACGCUGCCGCCAAGGCGAUGGAGCAGGCCAAGGCUCACAAGCCAUGGUUUGGCAUGGAGCAGGAGUACUCUCUGUUCGAUGUCGAUGGCAAGCCCUACGGCUGGCCCAAGGGCGGUUUCCCUGGGCCCCAGGGACCUUACUACUGCGGUGUUGGUGCGUAGACUCGAGGCGUCAAAUUGCAGUAGCAGGCCAAGGCCGACCCAAAAUAGAGUCGCUGACGUGCGACGCAUGCUUUGGCUCUUUCCUCAUUCAGGUGCUGGCAAGGUCUACGCACGUGACCUGAUCGAGGCCCACUACCGCGCUUGCCUUUACGCCAACAUCAACAUCUCUGGUAUCAACGCUGAGGUGUCACCCUCUCAGUGGGAAUUCCAGGUCGGACCCAGCGAGGGAAUCAACAUGGGCGACGAACUCACUGUCGCUCGUUACAUUCUGGCUCGCGUUGCCGAAGAGUGGGGUGUGAAGGUCUCUUUCCACCCCAAGGCCGUUCCCGGAGACUGGAACGGAGCUGGAUGCCACACCAACUUCUCCACUGAGGAGAUGCGCAAGGAAGGCGGUAUCAAGGCUAUUGAAGCUGCCAUUGAGAAGCUGGGCAAGCGCCACAAGGAGCACAUUGCAGUGUACGGCGCGGACAACGACUUGCGUCUGACCGGCAAGCACGAGACAGGACACAUCGGAGAGUUCUCCUCUGGCGUUGCCAACCGCGGAGCUUCCAUCCGUAUUCCUCGUCACGUUGCUGCUCAAGGCAAGGGCUACGUGAGUUUGUUCAUCUUGAAGCUCAGCAGUUUGCCAAAGCGUGGUUGCUCACGGGUUCUCUUUACCCUUCUCAGCUCGAGGAUCGUCGCCCUGCAAGCUCUGUCGACCCUUACCAGGUCACCGGUAUCAUCGUCGAGACUACUUUGCUCUGA